UUUAUUUUCCCAGAAAUCCAUUCGGAAGGCAGCAGCCGGAAGUGUGAAUUGACGAAAAUAUUGCUCUCAAAAUUUGCAAGUCUCAUACAUUAAAAUGUCGGCGCUUACAGAAGACCAAAUUGCUGAUUACCAGGACAUCUUCGGGAUCUUCGACAACCGUGGAGAUGGAAAUAUCGCCGCAUCCCAGAUCGGCGAGGCGCUGAGAGCGAUGGGCCAGAAUCCGACGGAGGCGGAAGUGAAGCGAUGCGGUUACCACGAUAAGCCAGAGAUGCGCAUAUCGUUCGAGACAUUCCUGCCGAUCCUGCAGACCGUGGUGCGCAACUGCGAGCCGUCGACGGCUGCGGACUUCAUCGAAGGCCUGCGUGUGUUCGACAAGGAGGGCAACGGUUUCAUGAGCUGCGCGGAACUGCGGCAUUUGCUCACCACCAUCGGUGAGAAAUUGUCAGACGAGGAGGUGGAAAUGCUAACGACUGGCAUGGAGGACUUCCAGGGAAACAUUAAUUAUGAAGAUAUGGUGCGUGUGGUUCUGAACGGCUAGGACGCUGUCGGUUCUGCGACGGAGCGUCGGCUUUGCGAGACGAGGAAGAAGGCAACCUAUGGUUCUAGCAGUUUGGGAAUUCGUGAUGGGCACACCUCCCUGCACACACAGCAUAUUGUUGCACGUUGGCUUAAUAAUCUAUUCAAACGGAUUAAUGAUAAUGAAUAAUUAACGGAUGCCGUUAAUUAGGCAGCUAAAUUCCUCUGACGGCAAUUUUAUUUGCGGCAAAUCUAAGUAAUAAUAAAAAUGAACAAUGUGGUGAUUUUUCAGGUGCUGCGUGAAACUGUUGGCAUGUGUUACGGCGUUAUACUUGCCAGAAUCAUGUAAUGUGGCAAGCAGUCUCGUAGAAGAUAACUAGGAAUGCACCUAUUCACAUUAAAAAUAUGUAUCAAUCUGUUAUAUUUAAUCGUUGAUUUAAUCUUUACGUCAUGUACCUACUAGGCCUGCAGUAGCAAUCACCUUAUGUCUACAUGGACAAAGAUGUCCACAACAGUGCUAACAGUAUUUGCUGCGUUGCAUUAAUCAUGUAUGAUCAAUCAUACUACUAGUUUGUCACCAUGUGGGGAGGCAACAACCUUCACAAAACUGCUAUUGGAUGGCCGAUCUACGGACUAAAACCCUGUGCAAAAUACAAUUUAACCUAGUGAAAAGUACGUUUCAUGGCUUCAUGUAUAUUUAAGAGUGAUGCCUUAAGUUCCCAAUGGUCUAUUGUUACUUUGUGUCUUCUGUAUGUUUUAAUGGAUUUAUUUCUCACGGAUUGCACUAUGUUUACUAUGCUACACUGUUUGCAUUACUCGUCAAUGAUAAUUUCUCAAUAUUGUGGGGUGGUAUCUUGCCAUGUCCAAUGUUGUAGGAAUUGAACCGUCUAUUAUAUCGUGCCUUCCUAUAAAACCAGCUUAAAUGCAAUGUAUGUGUUGCUAUGCUUAACAUCAAUAUAGUGGAGUUUAGAGAAUAACAGUGCACUAUCGUUAUUGCCCGUUAAUCAGAUGGCAUAAGACAGUCUGUAUACUACAUAUGCUAUGCAUUUCUAACCUGGUUAGCUGUCGAAGUCAUUUAUGUUUGGUCUAGGCAUUUAUGGAAGUACGGACCAUUUUGGGUUUAGUAUUGAAGCUGCUGGGCAGUGAAGAAUUUUUAUUGAAUGCUGACUUUCAUCUUUUUAUGAUAAAUUACUGCUGCUGAAUAUUUGUCACGAAUUUUCCUGCCAGUGUUAGCUGCCCUUUUUUCGUAGGUGACUAGAUCUUUGAACAUUACAUAAAUGCAUUUGUAUAUCUUGAUUAUUUUCUUACAUUCAUUAUAUUAUGGAAGUAGGUCGUAAUAAAACAUUCUUUACAACUA